AUGAAGCUAAAAUUCGAUUUAGUUUUCAUUUCAUUUCUGAUUCUAAUUACCGGCUCAUCAGCAGCUCUAUUAUCUGGCUGUGUGCCAGCACUUGUGACCCAAUGUACAGCAUGCUGUGCUCUCAUCUUUUCGUCUUCAAAUUGUUCAUUGAAUGAUGUUUUUCGUGUUCGAAUCAAUGGCAAUGGUGCUUUAGGAGCUAUGUGGGAUGAUACAGCUGUAGCUGUCAUGGUAAAACGGCCAUGUCUUUUGGAAAUGUGGGACUAUCGUAAUCAGACAGGAGCUCAUCGAACAUUUGGAUUGGAUGGCUAUGAUGUUUUUGACCUCGAACGUUACGGGUUUGAUCGUCGAGCCUCAAGUUUACGAUGCACCUGUCAAAAUCCACCACAACUGAACAUUGACAACUCUUCUCUACCAUCAGAAUAA